AUGGACUUUCUGCGGGGUGUGCUGUCCAAGUCAAGCGGACUACCCGGCUACACACUGCUCGACAAAAUCGAUUUGCCCGCUGAAUGUCUCCAUACGCUGCAUAAUGCGACACGCAAGGAAGACGGCCUUGCAUGCUCCAUCCUGACGUUCGAGGCGACACCGUCUGUUCAGCCCUUGGCGCGCAAUUACAUGUCCAAGCUGCGGGGCAUGAAACAUCCAUGUGUCUUGCAAUACCUAGACGGUGCAGAGGUCGACGGCGUGGUCUACAUCGCAGUCGAGCGUAUUGAGCCGCUCUCCUACACCCUCGCUGGACGGGCCGCAGCGGAGAUUAUCACAUGGGGCCUCUAUUCUAUUGCACAAGCAGCAUUCUUCGUCAACAGCAGCUCGUGCAUCCACGGCAACGUUCGAGUCAGCAGCAUCUACACCAAUUCGUCGGGCGAAUGGAAGCUGGGAGGGUUUGAAGUGCUCUCCUCCAUGAAGGAUGCCGAGCCCUUUAUCUGCCGACAUGGAGGAUUCCUCAAGGACGCCUACAGCUAUACACCACCAGAGCUGCAGUCACGCGGCUUUGAAGACCUCAAAAAUAUGCCACUCACGGCGCUCGAUGCGUACGGCUUUGGUUGCCUGAUCUAUACAGCCUUCAAUGGUCCAUUCAGGUCGUCUAGCGAGCUGCAACAAUAUGGAAAGAUCCCAAACAGCAUGCUAGCGCAAUACAAACGGUUACUCGCGGCUAAUGCUACAUCCCGCAUGUCAGUCUCUGCCUUGAUUGAUCACGGUAAGAGGGCAGGUGGAUUCUUUGACACAGAUGUGAUUCACAUUGCCGAGCAAGUCCCCUCGCUUGCUAUGCAGAGUCGCGACCAGGUCGAGGCAUUUCUCGAGACGCAUAUGGAGGCGCUCAGCAAGCUCCCACGAGGAUUCAGUAAAACCAGGGUACUGCCUGAGCUUGCAAAGUCCUUCGAAUAUGGCGGUGGUGGCGCCACAUCAUUCAAAGCAGUCUUGGCUUUGGCAAAGGAUUUUACACCGGACGACACGGAGGCCUUGCUCGUGCCGAUUUUGCUGCGUUCUUGGCAAUCAAAUGACAGAGCAGUACGGCUCGUUCUACUGGAACACCUUGCGGAUUAUGUGGAUUUGCUAUCACAAAAGCAAAUCAACGACAAGGUCUUCAAUUUACUCGGCAGCAGUUUUAGUGAUCCAGCACCUAUACUCAGAGAAGCUGCCAUUCGCUCACUCAUGAUUCUAUGUCCCAAGCUCUCUGAUCGCAAUCUGAAUGGCGACUUGCUCAAGCUCUUGGCAAAGACGGCAAAUGACGCACAACCCGGUAUUCGCACCAACACGACCAUUUGCUUGGGAAAAGUGGCACGUUACCUGAAUGCUUCAAGUGCUAGGAAGGUGCUGACGGCUGCAUUCACGCGCGCACUCAAAGAUCCCUUUGUGCAUGCACGACUUGCUUCGUGUCAGGCAAUUUCUGCAACGGCCGAUAUGUAUGAAAAGGAAGAUCUUGCACUGAGGCUCUUGCCGGGUAUCAUGCCACUACUUGUAGAUGCAGAAGGUGUUGUCAGAUCGCAAGCCAAGUCUACAGUGGAGUUACUUGUGCGGCGCGUAGAAACAUUGACAAAGGACAUGCCAGAGACAACGCUACAACCUCAACAAGCAAAGCAACUACCACAAGCAGGCAGUACAGCUGGUGGCGCAAUCGAAACAGCAGGUGUUUGGGCAGGCUGGGCAGUCAGUAAGCUUUCACGGAAUUUGGAUGCAACCAAUAGCAACGUGCCUAGUGGAACGAGC